GGUCCGGAUGUAGGCUGUUCAUCCGCGACUACAUUUUUGCCAAUCACUACACUGACAUUGAGGUUUCCAGGCGGCUCCUGCACACAUGUCCUCCACUAGGGCAGAACUGUAUGCUGUUCUGGAGGCGCUCCAUAUUGUGGCAUCUCUCCUAGGUAGAAGUGAAGCGUCAGCAGCAAUGUCUGCAUGGUGUUGCCUGCGCAGGGUAACCCCAGCACAUCGGAGAAGCUUUGCCACACCCUUCCCAGUCACUGAGAGCAUCACCAGGAGGAAAAGCAGCAAAGCACCACCAUCACCUGACAAGGCCACUUCAGCAAAGAGUAACCCUGGACAGCCAAACCCCUAUGAGGUCAGGAAUCCACAAUGUGAUAUGCAAGUCCUACCUCCCACCACCUGCUGUGGCUCGGGCUGCCCCAACUGUGUGUGGGUGGAGUAUGCAGAGAAGUUAGCAGACCUUUACUGUGAUGGGGGACUGGAAGCAGAGAGAACUAUAGAGAGGGAUGUGAUGGAUCCCAACCUGAAGGCUUAUAUCUUGAUGGAGGUGAGACUAAACACUAGACAGAAAAAGUAAGGUAGAGUUCUUCUAGAAAGUUAGAGUGGUAGCCUUGGAAAUUAUAAGAGAGAAGCAGCUAAAAUUAUAUAUGCUCAGCAGCUAAGUCAUUCCGUUGACCAGAAAAUUAUGAAUAUGUACACCAGACAACUGACACAGAAAGAAACCACCAUGAACCAGGAGACAGUUUUCCAUUCCCUGCUCCAGGUUUCGGUCUGUAUAGAAGUACUUGUACAUAGGGCAAGAUUUUGAGUUUGUGAGCUUGAGAUUUUUAAAAAGUAAUGUUUGUACUUGGGCAAAAUGUAUAUGAGAAAAUCAA